GUGAGAUCCGAUUACAAGCGGUCAGUCGAGACGCAAGCAGAGACGUAUGUUAAUACCCGGUGGGAACAGGGCCUACAUCUUGUGGUCAAAACAUGCAUUAUAUUUUAAGUCAUGGACGGCACUUUGUAAUAUUGAUCUAGACGCAGGGAUUGAGUAGGGACGUUUUCAGUAGGGACGAUUCAGAAUGCUCGCGAGGAUGGAUGCGGAUAGAUAUCAUAUCCCCGUGCAUCUCGCUCGUUUAAUGGUUCCGUAAGCUUGUUGUUCCCCCGGACUCGCUUUACUGUAACACCGCAGUUACUCGUUCGUCCUUCUAGUUCUAGUAUCUAGUUCGGUCUCGCUGGACAGUCAGUCAAGUUAUGUACAGAAGUAUCUCAAGGACAGUGAAAGCCGAGGCUGCACUAUGCUCCGCAUAUGUCCAUUCCACCCCGCAGCGGGGUGAUGUGUGCGGUGGACGGCUAUCGGCGCACGACGACAUGCCGCAGCCUUUCACCCAGUUAGUCCAAGGUCGGCUCCGCAGGCUGAUGUCCGUCAGCUCGAUGAGCACCGGGUGCGCAGGGGGACGUCCGAUCGGCGCUUUCCCGGUCCUGCUUGGGGACCUGCAGCCUAUCCACCGGCAUGUGUACGAGGCGAACCUGCGAAACAGCGUGAGGUGCCAUGUGAAGUACAUGGAGUGUGCAGAGAAGGUGCGAAAGGGAGGUGGUGAUAAUGCAAUAGCUCGCCAUACUCAAAGGAACAAGAAACUGCUAGUGAGGGACCGACUCGGCCUGCUGCUGGAUGGGAAGGACUUUCUGGAGCUCUCCCCCUUUGCCGGCCUGGGCCUGCCCUAUGGGGACAUCCCCUCAGCUGGCUGCGUAACUGGCAUUGGGAAGGUCUGCGGCCUGUGGUGCGUGUUCAUUGCCAACGAUGCCACGGUGAAGGGGGGCACGGCGUACCCCAUCACAGUGAAGAAGCAGCUCCGAGCUCAGGAGGUGGCCAUCCAGAACCGCCUGCCCUGCAUCUAUUUGGUCGACAGCGGGGGUGCCUUCCUACCUCUUCAGUCAGACAUCUUUCCUGACAAAAACCACGGCGGCCGGACUUUUUACAACGAAGCACUGAUGUCUGCCAUGAAGGUCCCGCAGGUAGCUGUAGUUUGUGGGUCCUGCACAGCAGGUGGCGCCUACGUUCCCACUAUGGCUGAGGAGGCUGUCAUGGUGCACAGGAUCGGGACCGUUUUCUUAGGGGGGCCGCCGCUAGUUAAGGCAGCCACCGGUGAGGAGGUUUCUCCAGAGGAUCUGGGAGGGGCCCGUUUGCAUGCUGAAGUGAGUGGCUGCGUGGACCACUUUGCCCAAGAGGAGACUGAAGCUUACGAAUGUACCAGAAACAUCAUCUCCACGCUUAAUUAUGAGCUUCCCGGUGACAAUGACGUCAGCGUGGAGCAACCACUUUACUGUGCGGAGGAGCUGAGAGGUUUGGCUCCGAAAGAUUACAGCCACUGCUUGGAUGUCCGGCUGAUUCUGAGUCGCCUGACUGAUGGCAGCAGGUUUCAGGAAUUCAAAGCUCGCUACGGAACGACGCUCAUUGUUGGAUUUGGCAGAAUUGAAGGACAUCUCAUUGGCAUUGUUGCAAACGAUGGAGAGCUGAGGUAUGAAGCAGCGCUGAAAGGAAGCCACUUUGUUCAGCUGUGCGACCAGCGAGAUAUUCCCAUAAUAUUCCUGCAGAACACGCCUCCAGGUCUGGCCCACACUCUGACGGCAGCCCAGGCGGGGUUCAACACCAACCGGCUGAAGGCCCAGAGCUCUAUGAUCUCAGCCGUAGCGUGCUCCUCCACGCCAAAGAUCACCGUGGUCAUUGGAGGGUGUCAUGGACCUGAGAGUUAUGCCAUGUGUGGCAGAUCCUUUGAUCCCAACUUCUUAUUCCUGUGGCCCAAUGCCAGGGUGUCGCUGGUGGCACCUGGGCAUUCUGGAGCUCUGCUUCAAGAGCAAGAUGAGAUCCAGAGCAUCAAUGACAUGUUAGAUGAGGAAAGCUCUGCUUUCUUUUCAACUGGAAGACUUUGGGAUGAUGGUGUGAUUCUGCCCCAAGACACUAGAAAGGUGUUGAGCAAUUGUUUGAAGAUUAUUAAGCAACAAAACUACCAGACUUCCAAAGGAAGAGAAUCUUCUCCAGUUCUACGGAUGUAACUCUGCUUCUGUGCAUCUGUACCAAGGUGCUGAUUUCAGGUUUUUUUUUUGUUUUUAUUUUUGUUUUUUAAUCUGCACAUGAAGUUUUAUGAAAAGCAUUAUACAGCUUAAUGACAAAUUUAGGCUGCUUACCUUAUAUUUUACUUAUUUACACCUUGUCUGUGAUGUCCCAGUUUGAUAUCUUGUCAAUGAUAAAUAUACAGACAAAUGUUCUUUUUCUUUCAGUGAUGCAAAACACAAAGGCAAAGUUCAUUGUUGCAUCUAUUUUUGACUUGAAUUCUAUUGAGAAUCUGUGAAAUUUAUAUAGAUACCAAAAAAUAUUACCACAAUAAAAUAUUUUGCCAUAUUG